CUCGGUAGAAUUCCAAGUAACCUGGACAUUGGAAUGGAACAGUCCUUCGGCGGGACUCGAUGAGUAGCAUCCUUGAAAUAGUGGCUCUGGAGGCUUCCUCGACAUUGAGAAACACCCAAGGUUUCUAUUUUCCCUUCCCUCAUAAGUCUGUGUUUUUAAGUAUGUGGUUGGUGUGAGGUGUUUUUUUUAGCUUGUAAUGCUUCUGUUUAAUACAGAAACUUAUGUUUAGUGUCUGGUUCCCUUUUAUCGGGUUUGUACCAUCUCCAUUUUAUCUUAUGACCACUUGUUUUUUCAAACCUUUUGGUAAUAGACUGAAUUGAAUUGAACUUUUAAGUUUUUCAACCAUGCAUAACCAAGGUUUGUCAUUUAUCAAUGGAAAGCAUAUCUACAAAUGAGGCAAUGGUUUGUACUGAUUAUAUGUACAAAGAGAAAAAGAAAGAACAACGAAGAACACAAACAAACAAUAACAAAUGUAAAGGUUUUAUUGUCAUGUGACAUAAUGACACUGACCUUCAAAAAACUUACAAAAACUCACCUUCAAACUGGCUUUUAAUGUGUGAUUGUUGUUUUGAUGUUUGAUUUUAAUGUGAUUUUUACUAUAUUUAAUUGUUGUCCUUUUCUUUUUUUACUACCUCUGUAAAGCGACGUUGAGCACCUGUAAAAGCGCUUACACAAUAAAGGUUUUAUUAUAAGCACAAAGCUAGUGUAGAAAUGGCAAUGAAAUUCUUCUGACCUGAGCUCCUCCAACAAUGCAACAUGUAUAAUAAAAUACAAAAUAAAAAGUAGUGCAAACAGUCUAUAUACAUGUCAAUGGAGUAUGGGAUAUGUACAAGAACAGAAUAUGACAUUAAAUGUAAAUUAAGACAAAAUUGCAACAUAUAAAUUGUGUAUUCGUAUUACCACCUUUGUUGUUGACUGUAUCUGAAGAGUGUCUUUAGGCCUCAUGAGAACGGGACUCGAGGUCUACUUUCUGAGAAGAGCCAGCCCACAGAGAUCUGGGGGAAGCACAGGAGACGCGGCUCUGCUUCACAUUCAAGGUUCAACACUCAGAAUGAAGACGAUCGUUUGCUUUGGGAUCGUGCUGUGUUCGCUCUGCGCUGCAGGUGAAGUGUUGGUCGGGAAGCUGGGUGAGAAGGUCAUCCUGCAGUGCGGGAUGACCUCCUUCAAGUCGUACGUGGAGUGGCAUCACGGCACGGACAUGAUCUUUAACAAACCUAAGAAGACACCGCAAUUCAAGCGCAAAGGCAACAAUGCUAUAGCGUUGAGAUCGAAGGAUUACAGGGAAACAAACUUGCAGAUCUCAGGUUUGAAGGAAGAAGACGCCGGAAAGUUCACGUGCACAGUAGACGGGAUUAGUCAAGAACACACGCUGCUCAUGGUCUCAGUCUCAGCCGACCCCCCCGGUGAGCUGCAGGUGGGAGAAAAGGCUUCGCUGCAGUGUGGGGUCAGAGGUCACGACUCGGCGGCGCAGCAGUGGACGAGUCCAAACGGACAAAAACACCCAGAAACCGUUCGUAUUGAGUCUGUUGCCCCCUCUGACGCUGGGACCUGGGAGUGUGUGUUCUCUCAUGAAGGGAAGGAGUACAAGGAGAGACUUGUCAUCAAAGUUAAAGAGCCUGAAGCAGCUGCUUCUACCCAGAAACCUGAGUCAACUCCCAUCCACGGGUCUAUUCCCCAAUAUCCACCCGGUGUUUCCCAGUCUCCCUCCGUCACCUCUCUCCUGCUGGGGCUCAGGUGGUGGGUGUGGGUCGCAGUGGGAGUGGGCUCCCUGGUUGUGUUUCUCCUGGUGGUCUUGGUCAUUGUCUUGUGCAAGAGGAUCAAAAGAAGGAAGAGAAGAUAUCUAAAGAUGAAAAUGGGCCGCCUGCCACUGCAGCCCAAGCAGUACUGCCAGUGUGAGCGGCCAGCAGCUGCAGAAAAACCGCGGCAAGGACGUCGGAGAGAGAAGCCGAAAGCCCCCCUCCCGCAGCUAAUGUAGAGACAUGAAAGACAGAUUGGCGAGGAAGAAGCGAGAGCAAGGGGAAGAAGAGAGCGUCAAAGUGUGAAUACGGCAUGAAUGUAAAUGGGCUUUUGAAUGCUCGAGAUGAAAAUAAAAAUGUAAUGAUAUGGCCACUCACUUUGAGCCUUCUUCACCAAAUAUAACCAGUGAAGUGAAUGCAAAUGACUCCUCCACCGCAGGGGGAACAGCAGCUUGUUUUGGACUCUUAAACAGCACAUUCACGUGUUGAAUAAUGUGCUUGAAAGCACUUUUUAUUGUAAAAGUCAUGCAGCUUUCUUGUGUUUCUGUGUAUUUGAUUAAUCCUGUUUGUCUUUGCUUCUGUAGUUUGUAAAUAAAAAGAUUAGAUGUCAAGGUUCAA